AUGCUAAGGUGCAGCGAUGCACAUGUGGAUGCGGAUGCGGAUGCGGAUGCGGAUGCGGAUGCGGAUGCGGAUGCGGAUGCGGAUGCGGAUGCGGAUGCGGAUGCGGAUGCGGAUGCGGAUGCGGAUGCGGAUGCGGAUGCGGAUGCGGAUGCGGAUGCGGAUGCGGAUGCGGAUGCGGAUGCGGAUGCGGAUGCGGAUGCGGAUGCGGAUGCGGAUGCGGAUGCGGAUGUGGAUGCGGAUGCGGAUGCGGAUGCGGAUGCGGAUGCGGAUGCGGAUGCGGAUGUGAAUGAUGAAAUUCAACAAUGGACGCAAAACGUGGUCAUCACUUACACGCUCAUCACGAAAUGGUUGCUUUCCAAAGUCGACGACCCAUCAACCCAUCGACCGAAAAAACUGCUGAAGAAGAACAAUGAGGAAGACCACACAAUGGCUGCUGCCGAGUAA